AUGGCUCCGGCCUCACGACAUGAUGUGGCAAUGGCCUCUAAGGCUGAGAAGGAUGCCGAUGUGGUCAUGGGGACGAACAAUAGCAGCAUCGCUUCGAAGCGUAGCGUUGAGAUGAUUUACUACCCUCGUCCCCAUUUCUUCCGGUAUUUCGUGAAAAAGCCCCAGCGACGAUCCCCGAUUAUAAACCGAGGGUACUGGCUGCGCAUGUACGCCAUGGAAGAGACGGUUCGGCAAUUCAUCGCGAAAGCACCUACGGACAAGGCUAAAUUCGUUUUGAACCUCGGAUGCGGAUAUGAUCCACUGCCAUUUAUCUUACUCAGCGAUGAGCAAAAGUCGGCCAAGAGUAGCCACACCGUCUUCGUUGACAUCGAUUACGAGAAGCUUAUGAUCCACAAGAAAAGUGCGAUACGGGAGGCCCAAGAGAUUAAAGACGUGAUCGGCGAUGCAAAAUUUGGCUCCGAUGAAGAUCCAAUUCAAAUAUGCAGUUCUCGAUAUCUAGGUGUCGGUUGUGAUCUAAAAAAUCUCAAAAAGUUGAAUGAGGUACUGUUGGGUAGCAUCUUGCCGUCUCAAGAAUGUUCUGUCCUGUUCCUUGCCGAAGUCUCCCUGACGUAUAUGGACGUCCACUCGGCAAAUGAGGUUGUCAAAUGGGCUGCUCAGUUGACAGAUGAUGUACAGUUCUGCAUAUUGGAGCAAUUCUUUCCCGAUGGGCCCCAACAUCCAUUUGCAAAGACUAUGAUGACGCACUUCCAUAAGCUUCGUGCACCAUUGUUUUCUAUUCACGAGUUUCCCUCCCUUACGGAACAAGAACAGCGCUUCCAGAAAGCGGGCUGGGCUCAGGCUCAAGCCAGAAGUUUAUGGGACUUAUGGUCUGACGACGAAUUCCUACCAGAGUCAGUCCGAACAGGACUGGACUCGUUUGAGGUAUUCGAUGAGUGGGAAGAGUUCGCACUUUUUGCAUCGCAUUAUUUCGUCUUAAUCGCCACGAACACCAUUUCAAGUACCGAAAGUUCGAACGCGGAGACCAUUGUGUCAGACGAAUUCACGGUUCCCGACGUGUCGAGUCAGUUCUCCCUACAAGCAUACUGUCCACCUGGAAGGGUCGGUAGGAGACGCUAUGGAAGUCUGGUCCCAGGUAGUCAAGAUUUCUUCGGUCACCAUGGUGGCCAAGGAGAACAAUCUCGCCUAGCUACAACAGACCAAUAUUCGUGUUCUGAAACACCAGAUGACACUCAAAAACUUCCACUUUCGCGCGAUAUCCCCGCGCGAAUGUGUCAUACAAUUACUGCGCUGGAUGUAAAGACCAGCAAGAGCCUUUUAGUUGGGGGGAGAGCAUCACCUGCUGCCCCGAUGGCCGAUUGUUGGUUGCGGAAAGGCGAUACUUGGCAGCAAGUUCAUCCCCUACCCGAGCCAAGGUUCCGUCACAGCUCAGUCAAGGUAUCGCUCGGUAAUGGACAAGGGUCUAUCCUUGUAUAUGGCGGUAAAAGCAAAGGCAAUGUGAUAUUAGACAGUUGGCUCUAUUGGAACGGGAAUGGCGAGCAGGGAUGGCAAGGUGUGGAAGUGAUUGGCCCUAGGCUCCCAGCCCGUUUUGGGGCGGGCUUUGCAGCAAUCGAUGAUAACUGUGGCGUCGUUUUUGGAGGUAUCGGGAGCACAGGAACUAUUCUCGAAGACUUCUGGUCCUGGUCUCUGUGUCGGCGACGCGACGGGUCGUUGCAAGUUGAUCUGGUUGAUCGCACCGCGGAGUUACGAGCCGCCUCGCCACGUUUGUUUUCAUACCUCACUCGGUUUGGAGCAACAAUUGAUGCUACCUCCCAUGGCUUGAUUGUAGCCGGUGGUAUCAUCCCUCGUCGGCUGGUUCCAGGUGAGAAAGAAAUCCUCCUCUUGGAUUCCAGUGAGUUGGUGGGUUCUUCGAAACCAUACAGCUCCACUAUAAUAUCUGCUAUUGGACUGGGUGGCGCUUUGGCGGGAGCUCGACCAUUGCUCACAGGCCACGCCAGCCAGACAAGGAAUUCUGAUCAAGUUCUCUUUGUCGGUGGAGGCGCAACCUGUUUUUCGUUUGGAACCUUCUGGACAGAGGGAACGUGGUUGCUCCAGUCUCGAGAUUCCAAGGAGGAGAAUAGAUGGGCCAUUGUGGCCCCACGAGCAGCUCCUUCGAAGCCUAUUCCUCGAGGACCAGGAAAAGGCGCUCCGACUGAGGCAAAAGAAACAGUCAAAAUCCCACGGGCUCGAAUCACCUCAGAAGCGCAGUUUCAACAGAUCGUUGCAAACGGGAAACCCGUUGUCCUUGAAGGGAGCGACAUCGGACCUUGCACAGAGAAAUGGACAAAAGAAUACCUCACAAUGACCGUCGGUGAGGAGCGCAAGAUUAUUGUACACCAGGCUCAAUCGGAGCGAAUGAACUUCCAAUCAAAAAAUUUCGCCUAUGUGACCAAAGACUUUGCCACCUUUUUAGACGAGGUUCAUGCUGGUGGCCGCCAGUAUCUUCGAUCUAUCUCGGCCGAUCAGCCCUCCAGGUUGCCGGCCACCUUGGCUACGGACUUCCCUACUUUGCAGGAUGAUUUUCAGCUUCCUGAGUACAUGAACCUAGUGACAAAGAAUGCACACAGCUCGCCAUUACGGAUCUCGGGCCCAGUAACAAUGUGGCUUCAUUACGACGUAAUGGCCAACGUGCUCUGUCAGGUCCGUGGCGAGCGCCGGCUAGUUUUGUUUCCACCGGAUGAUGUGCAGUCUCUGCACAUUCCAGCAGGGGCAUCCAGUUCCACGAUUGACAUAUUCGAAGGCGUGGGUCUGGACGCAGCCGCGUCUAUCCCAGGAACAUCUCCGCACGAAGCAAUUCUACGGCCGGGAGAGAUCCUAUUCAUCCCGCCGCUCUGGUUGCACACGGCCUGUUCGGCAACGAGCGAGGUCAGCGUCGCGGUGAACGUCUUCUUCCGAAAUCUGACGCAGGGACAGGAUCUGCAGCGAAUGGUUCGAUCGUUCGAGGGCGUCCCGCCCGAUAUGGCCCGCUUCUAUCUACGACGUCUUGCACAGGAGCUCCAAGAGUUAGCCGACCAAUAA